AUGCCCGUUGGAUCAACUAUCAACGGCACUGAUGCCAGCUCAGACGUCUUCAUCCUGCUGGGCAUCCCAGGACUGGAAGCUGCUCACUUCUGGAUCUCAAUCCCCUUGUGCUCCAUGUACCUCAUUGCUCUGUGCGGGAACACAGAGCUAGUAGGGACAUUGCUGGAGCGAAGCCUGCAGCAGCCCCUGAACCUUUUCCUCUCCAUGUUGGCUAUCUCUGAUCUCAUUCUCAGUUCCACUACAGUUCCUAAAAUGUUGCUCCUGCUCUGGUUCAAGGCCAGGGAAAUCUCCUUUACUGCCUGUCUCACUCAGAUGUUCUUUGUCCAGGCUGUUUUCGCUCUGGAGUCGGCCAUCCUGCUGGCCAUGGCGUCUGAUCGGUAUGUUGCCGUCUGUCACCCCCUGAGAUACACAGCUGUAGUAACACAGGCCGUGGCAGGGAGAAUAGGGGUAGCAAGCACUCUCAGGAGCUUGUGUGUAGGCCUCCCACUUCUCUGGUUUCUUAAAAGGUUGCCAUACUGUGGCCACCACAUCGUCCAUCACACCUACUGCGAGCACAUGGGCAUAGCCCGGCUGGCCUGUGCCGACAUCACAGUCACUACUGUGUAUGGUUCGAUCGUCACUUUCUUAGCCGUAGGGUUAGAUGUUAUCUUUAUCACUGUGUCCUACGCUCUGAUCCUCAGGGCCGCCUUCCGGCUCCCCUCCAAGGACGCCCGGCUCAAGGAUCUCCGCACCUGCAGCUCCCACCUCUGUCUCAUGCUGAUAUUCUACACACCAGCCUUUUUCUCCUUCUUAAGCCAUUGCUUUGGGCACAAUGUCCCACUCCACAUCCACAUUCUUCUCGCCAACCUGUACAUGCUGGUUCCACCCACACCGAACCCCAUCAUUUACAGGGUGAAAACACAGCUGAUCAGGGCCAGGGUGCUGAAAACAUUCAAUCCUCAAAGGCGCAGCCCCUGA